AACACACAAGGAAAAAACAACAAUCACAACAGCUGAGGAACGGAAAAUUUUCUGUGUGUUUUACUUUUCGUGACGCAAAAAAGCCAACCGAAAUCAUCGUUUUCGCAAUUACUUUUGUCGGGUGGUAGUGGAAACAUUUUCCGGACGUACUACAUCAUGCAGCGAUAAGGUGACCAGUGUCUGGUGUCGUCGGUGUGAAUCGGAAACUUCGGCACAAAAAGAAAACCGAAAAAACUUCCCACCCUCAGUAUGUUCGGGCGUACCGAAACGAAUAAGGACAGUUUUCUCGUCCAGACGAAAGCGGCGCGGGAAGAGCGUGCCAAUGAACGGGCACAGGAAGAACGGCGGGACCGUUCAAUAUUGCUGCUACAGCGUAAUAUCCGCGGAUGGUUGGCAAGGACCAAAUUUCGCCAGACAAUUCUAACUGAAUUCGACGAACUGCUUCCACCGGUCACGAACGUUGGUAAACCGAUCGACCUUAAACCGAGCCUUGCCGUUUACUGUGCCGCAAGCCAUUUUCUGCUGCAAUGGAAAGCGGAUACGGCCGCACCCGAGUCAGCACAGCACCGGGAGCGGUUGGAACGUUUGUGCCGGUAUUUGGUCGCAAGCCUCGAAUCGGAUUCACCCAAAACCAGCUACAUUGGCGUGGCGUUCAACAAAGAGCUAAGCUUAGCUUGGAUACGCCACAUUAAGAAGCUGCUGUAUCGAUGCUGCACGGCGAUCGAGCUUCUAAAGCCCGAGGUGCAUAGCGAUAGCAUAUCAUUGGCCUUAUAUUUGCACACGCUGGUCGCGUUUACGUCGAUCAACAGUUGGGCACUGUUGCGCAAUAAAUCGUUGGCCGGGUUAAAGCCCGGUAUGAUGCAGCUGUGCGCGAACGUGAUGGGUGAUCUCGUACAGAAAGGGUUCUACCUAACAUUGCGCCAAGUGCUCGUGAAAGGCACCUGUCGGCCGGUAGUGAAUCUAAAACCCAUUUCACUCACAGCACUAGUGACGCUCGCCCUACGACCGCUCGUUUCGUCCGGGUACAGUGAGAAUCUACUCAGCCAGUUCCUGGUGCAGAUCCUUUCCGUACCCGGUAUGAUCGCACAGCUCGAACAGUUAACGCCCGAAUGUCUCGUAAGCAUUCAAUCGCAUGGAACGCUGGAAAAAACGCUCGAUCUGCUGGCCGGUGAACAAUCGACCAAGUUCGUGGUGGCCAGCCUGCAGAAUAGCAAUCUGCUUGCGCUGCUCGCAAACGUGGUGCAGCUGUACUAUCUGGAACCGCCGGAAAAUGCGGCCAAACUGGCCUAUCCUGCUUUUACGUUCGUUGUGACGCAGUUGCUGAACGGUAUACUGAACAGCUUGAGCCAAGCCGGUGGUGCCUUCACGCAGUGGCAUGAACUGUUGGGAUGGUUUUCACCCGGGAAAGAUCGUUUGCAGCACGAAAAUUUGCCGCUGAUCAAGAAACAGAUCCAUCUGCUGUGGAACCAUCGGAUCGUGAAGCUGUUGCUGGGGGAUAAUCUGAAGGAGCUGGCAGUUGGGUACGAGACGAUCGAUUAUCCCAUCCCGACCGGUAACAGUACGGGGAAUCUGUUGAAGCGUGCGCUUACCUUUGAGCGUAGUUCGAUGAAAGGGCAACCGAAUAAGGCGGGCAAAACGUACCGGAAGCUGGGCUCGGCUGAAGUUUCCCGUGUGGCACUAACUUGUUCGAUGUAUCACGCUGCACUGAGUGCGCUGUCGCAGUUACGGUUGGACAUUCUUUCCGGUCUUUGCUACAACGAUACGGUACUGCACGAUCUUUGGCUGCUGCUCGGAUCGAUCGGUCCAAACUGUGGUUUGAAGGGCUUCAUCGAGCUGCUGCAAGUUAGCCAAACGAAUUAUGCACCACCGUUGCUGCUUCUAUCACUGUUUUGUGACUGCAUGACCCACUACGUAACUAUUUUAGAUGAUUUGGAAAUGUACGAACAGCAGACACCGUUUACACUGAACGAUUAUAUUGUGCUGUCACACUUUCUGAACACAUUCCUGUACCGGACCAUCCAGGAUCAGAUACUGGACGCGAAGACGGCAACAAGUGCACCCCUGUUCGUGUCGAUACACACGCUGCUGUUGUGCCUUUACCGGCGUGACUGUCGACGGCAGUUUGCACCACCGAACCAUUGGCUAAUCCGUGACAUUAGGCCUUCGCACUUUCUAGCCGAUCUGGAGAAGGGUAAAAAGCAUACGCAGAUUUUACUGCAAAAAAUGCCACACAUUAUUCCGCACGAGGACCGGGUGCAGCUGUUCCGGAAGUUUGUACAGAACGAAAAAGCUGUACUAGGAUUGACGGAAUCGGCCUGCGCAUCACCGAGCUCCGCCCUGGUUACCGUCCAUCGGGAUCGUAUCGUGGAGGAUGGUUAUCGGCAGCUGGCCGCAUUACCACCGCACGGCUUGAAAGGUGUCAUUCGGGUACGGUUCAUUAAUCAGCAGGGAUUGGAUGAGGCGGGUAUCGAUCAGGAUGGUGUGUUUAAGGAAUUUUUAGAAGAAACCAUCAAACGGGUAUUUGAUCCAUCGCUGAAUCUGUUCAAAACGACCACGGAACAACGGCUCUAUCCAUCGCCCACCUCACACAUGCAGGAAAACCAUCUGGCAUUGUUUGAAUUUGUGGGCCGUAUGUUGGGCAAGGCGGUAUACGAGGGCAUCGUAGUGGAUGUACCAUUUGCCUCGUUCUUUCUGUCGCAAGUGCUCGGCCAGACGCAGCAAGCGUUGUACAGCUGCAUGGAUGAGUUGCCAUCGCUCGACAAGGAACUGUACCGUAGCUUAACGUUUAUCAAACACUAUCAGGGCGAUGUGGCGGAUCUGGAUUUAACCUUCAGCGUGGACGAAGAUGUGAUGGGAAAGAUAGUGACCCACGAGCUCCAUCCGGGCGGUAAAGCACGGGCGGUUAAUAACGAUAAUAAAAUUAAUUACAUCCACUACAUGGCUUACUUCCGUAUGCACACACAGAUCCGUGACCAAACGGCCGCCUUUAUACGCGGAUUUCGUUGCAUCGUUAAUCCGGACUGGUUGGCACUGUUUUCCACACCGGAACUGCAAAGACUUAUAUCGGGCGAUACAUCGCCACUGGAUUUGAAGGAUCUGCGCAAACAUACCCAGUAUUAUGGUGGCUUUCACGACGGUCAUCGGGUGGUCGGUUGGCUGUGGGAUAUUCUUGCCAAAGAUUUCACCGAAGAGGAGAAAAAAUUGUUCCUCAAGUUUGUUACGAGCUGUUCGAAACCACCGCUGCUUGGCUUUGCCCAUUUGGAGCCACCGUUUUCCAUACGUUGCGUGGAGGUGGGCGAUGAUGAGGACAUCGGUGAUACGGUCGGUUCGGUCAUACGCGGGUUCUUCACCAUCCGCAAGAAGGAUCCACUGAACCGGCUGCCCACAUCGUCCACCUGCUUCAACCUGCUCAAGCUGCCGAAUUAUCAGAAGAAGAGCAUGUUGCGGGAUAAGCUGCGAUACGCAAUAUCCAGCAAUACCGGGUUCGAGCUGUCGUAAGCUGUUGACGAUGCGAACUUUCUUCCCAUUCAGGCCCGAUCCGAUACGGUGCAAUGUGGUAAGGCGGAUCGGGCAGAUUCUUAUGAAUUCAGAAGAAGAUAUAUAAUCCAUUAAACUGUGAUAGUAAGCGUGUAAGGAUAUUCAUUUGGGGCCACAGAAGCGAAUCGUGAAUGGAACAGGAACAGUUGGAGUUGGAAGUUUGACGUUCUCCAAUGAAUAUCCUCGCCCCUCCCGGCGCGUGUUUGGUAUUUAGUGAAGCAACUGUGCAAUCGGCGAUCAAUAAUAUGUAGGUGCAAACCAGUGGCAGUUGAAUUGAACCCAGUGUUUUCGAUGUUUCACAAUGUGUGAUGCGUUUGGUGUAUAUCAAUAGUAGAAUAUUUAUGGUAUUGCGUUUGGUAUGUCUUUGUGUGUGUGUGUUGUGUGUAACAAAAAAACAAGGAAAGCGUGUCAGAACAGUUAGAAACUGUAUGUAGUGUUGUAUGCGUGUGGCUUGAUGGAAAUGCGAAGAAAAGGGAAACUGCAAACGUGUAUCAAGUGAAAGCACACAAAACGUUCAAGUCAGACGGUAUAUAAAUGGAACUGUGUUUAUUUUAUAUUCGUAACAUUACAGGCAGCGGUAGUAGUGCAACAAAAAAAACAAAACAAUGAUAAUCCUAAUAUUUAUAUACUAUUGUAGUAAGAUAAGAAAGUAUUUUUUGAACGUGUCUAGAAACGAUUAUUUGUGUUGCAUGCGACAAAACAAGAAGAAACAAAACAAACAAACAAACAAACCGUUAAAAACGGGUGUACUACACAUAUUCUUACAAUCCCACAAUUUGGUGCAAACAGGUAUCCACGCAUGGACCCGAAAUAGAUCGAAACGCGAAUUUUCGUAGGAAAAAAUGUUUGCACAAAAACAUCUUCACACAACCAGAUCGGCGGUGUAGUAACAUUACACACGUAACUGAAAUCAAUCAUACAAAUAGUUGAUGAAAAUAUGUAAGGGUCCGAAUAUGAAUAAAUGAUGAACUAGGGGCUUAA